CAGAAGCGUUAAUCCUCUCUCUCUUCUCUUAACAGCAAAACUAAGGAGAAUUUCUUUGCUUUCUUUUUCUUAUUGGUAUUCUCUCUCUGCGAAGUCAAUUCAACUUUUCCGUAUUCAUAAAAGCUGAGUCUUUCUGACAAGGUUGAUUUCGGCACGUGCGUUUUAACGUUCAAGUUCUUCUAUGGAGAUGGACACUACUCUUUUGGAUAAUCACAUUAAGGGCAUUGAAGAUGAAUCUGCUGAACAAUUACAUGCUACAUGUUCCUUUAUGGAUGAAAUUUUUGGAGAUCCACAGGUGAUUCCUCGAGUUGGAGAUCAAUACCAAGCAGAAAUUCCACCUCUAGUUGGACAACAUCGUAGUUUACAAGUUGUCAAGGAACCAACUGACUCAAAAGUUAUAAUGAAUGUGCCAAACCCUUUUCCAAUGGGAUUGCCUAUCCCUCUUUUCUGGACAAAGACUGAAGUUGAAAGCAUAAAUGGUGCAUUGGAAUUUGAAAACAAUGAAGAAAGCCGCAUUACAUCAAGCCAUGGAUGUGCAGAAUAUAAAGUUGAAAGUCUAGAUUCUGUGUUGGGUGAUGGGAAAAACAUGAGAGGGUAUUCGAAGCUUCAACCUACAACCAAAACUAAGAAGGAUAUUGAUUUACUUUUUCCAAAGGAGCCAAAAUCUAAGAUGAAUCAGGUGCAUAGAGUUCCCUGUCCUCUUCCAGGCUCUUUGAGUGAAGUGUGGAAGGCUAUCGAACUUGACAUUUUUCUUCUUGGGCUAUACAUCUUUGGAAAAAAUCUUAUCCUUGUGAAAAAUUUUGUUGAAAGUAAAGGGAUGGGAGAAAUAUUGUCUUUCUAUUAUGGAAAGUUUUACAGGUCGGAUGGAUAUUGUAGAUGGUCAGAAUGUCGAAAAUCAAGAGGCAGACGGUGCAUACUUGGACAAAAGCUGUUCACAGGGUGGAGGCAACAGCAAUUAUUGUCACAACUAUUUUCUCAUAUUUCAAAAGAAGACCAAGAUAUGUUGCUUGAGGUUUCUAAGACAUUUGGUGAGGGAAAAGUUUCCUUUGAGGAAUACGUUUUCACUAUAAAGAAUACAGUUGGAAUUGGUCUCCUCAUAGAAGCUAUAGGUAUUGGCAAAGGAAAGCAAGAUCACACUGGCAAUGCCAUGGAGCCAGUAAAAGUCAAUCAUGUAGUUUCUUUUCGUCCUGAAAUACCAGUUGGCAAAGCAUGUUCUGCUCUUACAUCAGCAGAUAUUAUCAAGUUUCUAACAGGAGAUUUUAGGUUGAGCAAAGCUAGAUCCAGCGAUCUUUUUUGGGAAGCUGUUUGGCCUCGCCUUUUAGCCAGAGGUUGGCACUCUGAACAGCCAAAGGAUCAGGUUCUUUCUGGUUCGAAGAAUUCUCUGGUGUUUCUUAUACCUGGUGUUAAGAAGUUUUCAAAGAGGAGACUAGUGAAAGGUAACCACUAUUUUGAUUCUGUUAGUGAUGUUCUUAAUAAAGUUGCAUCAGAGCCAGGGCUUCUAGAGCUUGAAAUUGAAGUGUCUAAAGGCAGUAGAGAAAACAAAGAAAAUAAGUGGGACCCAACAAUAAAACAAGAUCCUGAUUUUAUGUCAAAUAAACGUAUUCGUUACCUCAAGCCACGAAAUUCUGGUUGCAAUCGAGAUCUAAUGAAGUUUACAAUUGUAGACACUAGUUUGGUCCAAGGGGCUGAACGGUCCAAGGUUCGAGAGCUGAGAAGCUUACCUCUUGAAGCUACUAGCUUAUCCACCCCCUCUAGCAUUUCCAGUGAUUCUGAGGAGGACACAUCUGAUGACUCAGAAGAUGAAGCUGAAGAAAAUAGUGCUUCACAUGCUGCAGAAGCCAUGGCUGACGAGGGAGAAUGUGUGGACUUAUCAGAUUGUGUAAAUAGUAAUUCAAAUACUGUAAUUCCCCACACCUCUGAUACCAGCAUUAUAUCAGUGGAAAACCAUGAAAGCCACCACGCAAGUCUGCUUGAUGAUGAGGGGCAAAAGGUUGUGAAGUAUAAUUUCGUCCAAAAUGUUCACUCUAGUGACUCCAAAUAUUUGGCUCCUGUUAGUAAAGAGCAGGGUUUAACUGAUUGCACCAAUGGAGAAUCAAGUUGUAGUGUUGAAAACAUUUCUGCUGCCAGGAUGUUAAAUGAAGACACUUCGCACUGUAGGUCUAACUCAUCUGAUGCUUGUGAAGAUAUGGUUUUUCAAACGGGAUCCCAAGACUUGUCUCCUGCCAGUUCUUUGUCUAAAGUCCAUCGUGAUGAGGGAAAGGAAGGCAAUGUCACUCAAAACUGCCUGCAUAGACAAGAAUCUCCGAUAAUGACUCGGUUGCAUACAUUGAUAGACUUGAAUGUUCCUCAAGUUUCAAUGGAUUUUGAAACCAAUGGACCCUUCGUCACAGAGACAGUGAAAAACAGUGAGAAUUCAUGUGCACAUAUAUCAUUCUUUCAGUCCGAAAUUCCGCCGCGGCCUGAGCCAUUGAAGCUUCCCAAUAAAGGUGCAGAGGUCAAUCAGCAUCCUAUAAUGCACAAUCGGAGGCAAAGUACUAGGAACCGACCAUUAACCACUAAAGCAUUAGAAGCUCUUGAAUGUGGGUUCUUCAGUCCCAAGAGGAAGAGAAAGGCUGCAGAGGCUUUGCAGAAUAACUCACAGAGAGUUCGUGGGAGACCUGUUGUUAGUUCCAUUUUUAGAAAUGGUGCAAGUAACCCCAACAUGGAGGAGAAUUAGGAUGGUUUCUGCAGUGUGAAGAAAUACCAAGUCCAGUCUCUAAUCUGAAUCUGAUACAUGGAGAAAUGAGCGAGCUAAUUUCUUAGCUAUUCCUGGAAAAACCAUGUAUCCCACCAUGUCCUCCAAAGCAUUGUGUUUUGGGUGCUUUUGAUUUUUCUAGUCAAUAAUUGGAGACCUAAUGUCUCCUUAAUCAUUCUAGGAAAACGCAACACCCAUUCACCCAACUAGCUGCAGUUUUUUUAUCAAUGUAAGGUGAAAAAUAUGUAUCACACAUGUUCAUCUUACAUAAGUCAGACAAAAUCGAUGGUGCAACGACUGGUUAUAAUUUCAGAAAGGCGAGGCGGGGAAACAAUUCCUUCAACUGGAUUAACCUUUUUCAGCGUAGGAGCAAUUGACAGCGGGUGGCUCUUACUGUCUUUUUCUAGAUAAUUGACUUCCAAACGGUAUUCCUUAUAGGGCUUGACUGCUGAAUAUUGCUAAUGCCAACCUUUGAUCUUGAUGAAGAUGAUCUUUUUUUUCCAGUUAAUUUAUCUGUGUAUAAACGUGUUGUCCUCAAAAAAUGGAUAAAGCAAAAAAAAAUUUUAUACCUCCGUAAGAUUUUCAAUUUAACAAA